GCCGGGCGGGCGGGCGCGGGGCCCGGGGCCGGGGCCGCAGCUCCGGGCGGGCGCCAUGGAGGGGCUGCGGCGGGGCCUGUCGCGCUGGAAGCGCUACCACAUCAAGGUGCACCUGGCGGACGAGGCGCUGCUGCUGCCGCUCACCGUGCGGCCGCGGGACACGCUCAGCGACCUGCGCGCGCAGCUCGUGGGCCAGGGCGUGGGCUCCUGGAAGCGCACCUUCUACUACAACGCGCGGCGGCUGGACGACCACCAGACGGUGCGCGACGUGCGCCUGCAGGACGGCUCGGUGCUGCUGCUCGUCAGCGACCCCAGACUGUAAACUCUAUGGGGGCAUUUUUGUCCCUCCUACUCACUGCUGUCUUCCCGGAUCAGUGCCUGGCACAUCGGAGGUCCUCAGUACAUAUUUGUUCAAUGUCUUGUUCCUGGAGGUAGUUGGAGGAGGUAGAGCAAUGACCCAGGGGACCGGAGGUGCUGGCUGAAGGAGCAGGCUGGGGUUGGGGGCACCUUCCGGAGGCGCCGCCUGGGAGCCCUGACUUCACUCUGGUUCUGGGCUCCUGGGGUGUUCAGUGAAGUACUGGCCGGACCUUCUGACCAGCGGCUGCCGGCUGCCUUGGACGCGCCCGACGGAGCCCCCCAGGCCCCGGGCACUGACCCAGCAUGUUGCUGCUCCAGCCCAGUCAGCAGCGGGGAGCUCGUGUGACCCUGAGGCCCCGGCUCCCCCCUCGGGGCCUCCAGUGCCCAGUCUGCAGUGGGAACCAGCGUGCCACCUCGGAAGGCUCCCAGGUGCAGCCAGGGCAUAUGACCUGAAGAGAGGCACAGAGGGGAGUGGAGAGGAGCUCGGGGACCUCAUCCCUCCUACCUUGUACAUUCUCUCGGCCACGCCUGUGCCCGAGCUGUGCCCCCUGCCUGACGCACCUUCUACAGUCCUCCCUGCCACUCCAACUCACCUGGGAUUCCAGCCUCCUCCAGGAAGUCUUCUUGGGAUUCCCUCCUCACCAGCCAGUGAGCACUCUGUCCUCUGUGGGGCCCCCGCGAGCCCCUUCUGUUGUGAACAGCCUUGGCUGGGGGGGGGGUGCAGCCAAUUAUUAAUGAAAUCUCCAAUGACUACAGGUGGAGACUGGGGGGCCCCAGCCCUCCCCCAGCUCUCCAGCGUCCCAUGGUGCAUGGUCCCAGGCCCAGACACCUCCCCACUGUGCGCCUGCGCCCACUCCCUUGGCCGUGUCCUCAUCCCCUAAAUCCGGCUGCCUUGUUCCCUAUGCGGGGUCUCCUGGUUGGGUCUGAAGGGCCCUGGGUAAGUGGGUGGGGCUGGGGGAGCCGUGUCUGUGUCCCUGUCCACAGAGCCAUGGGGCACAGGCGGUGACCCUGGGGGCAUUGCAGGCAGCGUGUCCUGGGAAUUCUCGGGACGAGACCCGCCGGGUAGAACGCCGGGUCCGGGUUGGACCUCUGUCCUGUGCCGCGUGCUGUCAGGACCUCUGCACAGACCCUGGGAGGGUUGGGGGGGAGGCGCGGGGCUGGCCCACUCCCUCGAGGGCCGUGUUCACGGUCCAGGUGCUGGCGUGGUGCAGGGCAGAGGCGCGGGAGCCUGGGAAGAAAUAAUGUUUUCAUUAAGAGGCAUGUUGGCUGCAGCGUGGACAGGUGGGUAAUCAGUGGCGGCCACGGGGAGAGCCACCCUCAGCCUUUGCUGGCACAGGGAUGGCACCAGGCCCACCCGGCUCUGCUCACCUGCCCUCCGAGCCUUGGGCUCCAACCCCCCUGAUGCCCAGUCCAAGACCAGGGACCUUGAGACCCCAGUGCCUGUUCCUUGGGGCUCCUCCUAGGGCAGGGCCUCCAACACCCUCUUUUGUCAUGGGUAAGCUGAGGCCUCGGCUGCUUGACCCCUGCUCCUGGCUGGUUUGGAUCUGUCCAUCACUUAGCCAUGCACACGUGCCUGACUUGUGCCCAGGGACACCCCUGUGCACACAUGGGGGCCUGCCCCACGGGGCCUGGCAGGAAAGUGGGCUCUUGAUGAUCACCCAGCUCCAUUCCUCAGCCCCCAGUACGUGCCAGAGUCUGGGCCGUUUCCUUGGCCAGCUUUGACUUAACUCUAGACAAAUAACUGCCCCAUGGUGGUAGCCGGGAUUGUGGCCCAUUUUACAGAUGGGGUGUCCAAGGUCAUCUUUCUCUGGGCUGCUGCCCCAGUAGCCCCUGAACUGAGGGGUCUCAGCCCCUGUGGGGUCCCUGAUGGAAGAAGGGGAGGGUUUCCUGCUUCUUGACUGAGGGUGGGGGCAGGGGGUUGGGGGAAGCAUUUCAGACCAUUUUGACAUUUAACAAACACUAUGCAAAUCAUAUGCAAAUCACCACCCGUUUCUUAAGCCUCGACAGCCCAGGCGUGUACUGAAAUAAUACUGUUGGACCUGUCCCUUGGCGUUUGCCUGGUGGAGGAGUACAGAGCUUCUCCUUCCCCUCCCCCCUUCCAUCCCCCUUCCUUCUUCCUCCCCUUCCUCCCUCCCUCCCUCCUUCCUUCCUUCCUUCCCUUCUCCCCCUCCUUCCCUUUAUUCCUUUUACUGCUUUUCUUCCUUCACUUGGUCCCUCCGAGGCCUCCCAGUCCCCGAGGUGAAUGCAAAAAGCAAUAAAAGUAGCUCCCAGUGUUCCCAUUUUCCAGAUGAGAUACAGGGAGGCACAAGUCUGGCCUGAGGUCCCAGGGCCACAUGUAGAAAGUGGUGUCCCCCACCGAGUGUCAUCAUGGACCAAAGUGGACAGAGCCUAUGACCCAAGAAGGAAGAUGACAGUGGCUAGAGCGGUCAGGCCUUUGAGGAGGCUCCAGGCCUGGCAGGGCUUGGCAGAGCCCAGGGGAAUCAUCCUGGAGGUUUUUGGCCUCGAAUGGCAAGCUGCCCCGAGCUAGGAUCUGGAGAACUCGGACCUUGAUGGACUGUGCUUUUCCAAUCCUGUUUUCUCUUGCUACUCCAUCAGCAUGUUCUUUGAAUUCUGGCCACCGCCAGUUUGCAUGCCCUACCCUCUCUCUUUGGCAAACUCCUAUUCAUCCUUCAAAGCCCAGCUGCAAUGCCCCCUUCUUCGCACAGUCAUUUCUGGUCCUCCAAGAAGAGCCUCCGCUUCCCUCUGGGCUUCAGUUAUGCUAGAUCUCUCUAUGGCCCAGCUCUGGCUACUUAGGGGCUGCAGCAUCACUGCCCACUCGGCUCAGUUCUGGCACCUGCCUGGUUAUGACACCCCCCCCGUGUGAGCUCUGCAGGGCUCCCCGUGGGCCUCUGGGUCCUGCAGCCUCCAUUCCUGCUGACUGAGACCUGACGCAGGGAACUGGGCGGUGUGUUGGUCCUCCCAGCCUGACGAGUUGAGCCUGGGGCCCCAGGGUCACAUCACCUGGUUGGGAUCAGGUACGGAAGGGCCAUCUUCGAGUGCGUAUGAAUAAAAGGUUAAAUGUGUUUCAGAACAACAAUCAAGUUCAAGCUCCUUCACUUGGU